AUGGCCUGCCUGCUCAAGGAGUACCAGGAGGUGAUGAACUCCAAGCUGGGCCUGGACAUCGAGAUCGCCACCUACAGGCGCCUGCUGGAGGGCGAGGAGAGCCGGUGUGCCCGGCGUGGGGUCCGACCCGGGUGUCCAUUCCAGGAGCCCUCUAUCCCGUCUGAACUCACAGAAUGUCCCUUUCACCCUCUGUCAGAACUCUGCACUCGCAACAAGUGUGAAGAGGGGAAGGCCACCAUGCAGGGCCUGAGGCAUAACAAGGAGGAGCUGAACAGGCUGAACCAGGCCAUCCAGCAGCUGACUAUGGAGUCCAGCCAGCUAGAGCAAGAGAAGGACCUGCCAGCCCUGCAGGAGGAGGGGACCUCAGACAAGGCCAAGGGCAAGCUGGCCUGGCUGGAGGCCGCCCUGCAGAAGGCCAAGCAGGACAUGGUGAGGCAGCUGCGUGAGUACCAGGAUCUGAUGAUCGUCAAGCUGGGCCUGGACUUUGAGAUAGCCACCUACCGCAAACUGCUGGAGGAGGAGGAAAACAGGCUCGGCCUGGGAUUUGGGGCAGGCUGCAGCACCCAGGGCGCCCCCCUCACCACCGUGCCGGGCUCAGCGUCCGGCCCCACCCGCCAGCUCGAGCCCGGCGCCGGCUCCGCGGGCCUGACCCCUGGCGCCCCCGGCGGCUGCUGCGCGCUCUGCGGCUCCCCUGUCUGCGGCGGGGACUUGGGUUGCGGCAGCUCCCAGGAAUGUUGA